UGUUAUUGUCACUAUCCUUAAGAAAAUGACAGCUGGAAAAGAAACAAUAGAAGAAACUUCGUCUGUACCUGUGGAAAAGCGGAUCUAUGUUGGCGGUCUUCCUUCUAGUGUGACAGUAGAUCAACUUGAAACACGAUUUGCAAAGUUUGGAUCCAUUUCAAAUGUCACCAUAGCCAAGAAUGAACAAGGUGAAUGUCGUGGUUUUGGCCAUUUUACUAUCAAAACAACACCAAAACAAUGGACUUCAUGUCUUUCUGUUUAUAAUGGGUCAAAGUGGAAAGGGGAAAAAAUACGACUGGAAGACUCAAAACCUGACUAUAAAGAACGAAAACGAAAAACUGAGGAAUUAUUAGCUCUCAAAGCAGAGAAGAAACGAAAACGUGAACGACGAUGGAACAAUAGUGAUGGUUUCUUCGCAAGGGAUAUGUCAUUGGUGACGGAUAACAAUGUGAACACACGAUCUGGAGGAUGGAAACGAGGUCGUUAUGGAAGAGCUGUUGCAGUGAUGCGGUUACGAAAGGAGGAUGGUACUCGGUUUGUAUAUGAUCCUUUAAACUAUAAAAACAAUUUGGAAAAACUUUAUAAUAUUGGUGUUCGGAUGAAACCCACGAAGGACCUGCCGAUGUUUUAUGAAGAAUAUGAACAACAAAAUGAUCAAGAUGCUUUGUUCAAGCAACAACAGUAUAUACCUGACGACAAUGACGAUAACAAAGAUGGAGAUAUUGACUUUUCCCAGACUACUCGAUCAGAUAUGAUCUUAUCAUCCAAGGACAAGGGUGAAGAAAGACGACUUGCAGCAUUGGAACGAAGAAGUUUAGAAUUAUCAGCCAAGAAAGAAUCAAUGAAACAAGCUGAACAAGAUCGACAACAUAUUUCAUUUGACAAGGACGAAGAUGUUAUCGAAUAUGAUGAGCACAAGACCGAUAUUGAUAUAAUGAAUGAAUCGAAUGUACAACCAAAAGAUGGAGCGAAAUGGAUGUUUGAUUCAGAUUCCGACGAUGAUGAUGAUCUAGAUAUACGAAUUAAUCCGGUACUUGAAGGUGAAAAAGGAAGACAACGAUUGGAAUUACAAAGUCGCUAUCAAGGUGAUGAUCGAUUCAAAUUGGAUUCAGAAUUUAUGGAUGAAGAUGAAGAAGAAAUAACACAACCUACAAAACCCACUAUCAACGAUGAUAUAUCAAAAUCCCUUGGUGAUGAAAAGAAUCAAUCUUUAGAUGUUUUACGUGCUAUGUUUGGUGAUAUCAAGGUCAUGACUCAAACAAAACCUGAAGGUCAGUGGUCAUCCAGUGCGCGCUUUGAUCCUGAAGCUGAAGAUUCCUCAAACUAUUUGAUCCAAUCCACAAAACUGGAAACAGCCACCAACGAAUCACAAGAUGAUGAUGAUCUCGAAGACAAUUCUAUAAAUAGCAAUGAUGAAGAUUUACCAACCACUAGACGACCUGAAAGUGCCAUGCCAGUAGUAUCAACUGAAAAACAUUUUAGUGUCAAUGUUAAUUUGAAACCAUUGUUUGGCGCGGAAGAAGAACCUUUUACCCUCUUUGGUGGCAAUGUCAGUGAUGAUGCAGACGAAACAGGUGAUACUAAUAUCUUUGGCAACACAACAUCGAAUGAUCUAUCAACAGGAUUUAUACCACAAACUACUGAGUCCCACGUUGGUUUAGGUUUGAUGUUCUUUCUACAUUCGGAUGAUCCAAACUUGGUGAAAAGAAGCUGUUAUUCUUAUGAUCCCAAUGGUAUUUUCCAACGAAAUCAAAAUGAAAGUGAAAAAUAUGAAACUGAAUGGAAAACUGAACGAAAUAUAUUCUCUGAAAUCCUCAAGAGACGUGAAAAGUAUUCUUUACGGAAGCAGAAAAAAGAGACAAAUGGUGGAUUGAAAUGAAUUAGAUAGUUUCUAGUUUAGUGAUGAUUUAUUUUUAUACACAUAAUAAAAACAUUUUCUUUUCUUUUU